GACGUUUUUCUACAUACGAUGGCGAUGACCCUUGUGUUCAGACCCCCUGCAUUUAGACGCCACUUUCAGGGCAAUCACAUUUUCUAACAGCUUAGCUUAUUCAUUUCUUGUUCUUGAAAAAUCUUCUCCAGCUUGAUUUUCUCGAUUCAUCAUAGCCAUGUCAUCGUCCUCUUCAUCGUCCUCUUCGUCGUCUCAGGAUCCCCUCGAGCUGCCGCCAAUACCACAUGUACUGCCUAACACGGUCCCCGGCUAUUAUGACCCCGAGGUAUUUCCCGACGAACCCGUACGGCCCGAUCCUCAGAGACCUUUAUCGCCCUAUAGUCAGAAAUAUGGAAUCUCAGAUAUCCCUUUCUGGCGUCGAUAUCAUCCCGACGGCCAAGCCCAUUCUAGUUUAGCUCCGCUAUACCCGGACGACCGUACUAUCGCUCUCCCCCCAACCGGUGCUCAUCGCAGCGAAAGGGUACGUCCCCUUGACGAACUACCCCAGCCAACAAACCAAGGCCUGGAUGAACUCUUCUAUAGCGAAAUGGGACAGAAGUCUGGGAUCCUUCCCGGCUUUAAAACUUGGCAAACACCCGCUUUUGACCUGGACCUAUAUGAUAAGCCUCCGACUUUAUCAAAUACAUGGGGCCAUGGUAAAUUGUACGAAAUAUAUAGAUGGGACGAGUGGCUAGACUACACUAAAAAGUUUGUGAAAGUAGACGAGUCAAAAUGGCUUCCCUGUUUUCAGAAAGAUCGUUGGUUCGACUUAAGAACAAAUCCUUUAAAUUCCCUGAUAAACCCGGUCCCAGGAUUCGCCGAAAGCAAUCCCAUGACGUGGAGCGUCGACAAUGAGAUGAUAUGGGAUAUUGUAAAAAUCCAGCUAGAAGUCGUCAAUCGUAUUCUUCUUAGAUUAAUACACACGCAGAGUGAAUGGCUUGAUGCACUACUAUUCGGCGAACGAAUAUAUUUGCGUAACGAACCUCGCUUCCAACAAUGGGGUGACGACGUGGCAAAGAAGAUAUGGAGAUUCCGGUCUCGCCCAUUAGAGGAGAGAGCAAAGGGACCGGAGCUCCUAAAUGAGGUUCGUUUUCGUUCUUACGAUAUAUACUGCUCCUUCUUCGACGAAACACAAAUGUCUCGGGAGGAAGACACGCUCGGAGUAACGAGACCGAAUUUGCCGGGGUUCGACGAUCACGUCAAAAUGCUGCAUGUAGAAGUAGCCCACAAUUACCGCCCCUUGCUUGAACUUCACGCAACGCCCGCAGAUAGAACCCGUGCCAUGUGGGUGUGCAUUGAAACGAUCAUACACGAGUUCGGCCAUGCCGUAAACGACUUGAGGAGCCUCAGGGUUUUCCCCGAUAAAGGCAACCCUUACUUUAUGAACGAGCCAUUUUAUAAUGAUGAGUGGAUACCCGAGCUUGGCGCGUCAUUUGGUAAUACUGUGUGGAACGGUUUUGGAAGAUGGUAUCCCUCAAAUAAUACCGGGUUUUUAAGGGGAGGGAGAAAGACCGGUCUUUUAACACACUCUACCGUAACGAACUAUCCUACUGUUGUAGGAUAUCACCACGCUAGUUUGGAGCACGAUCCCGAGGGGUUGGAGAAGGCGAGCCGGUAUACGCCGGAGUAUCUAGUCCCUACGAUCUGGAUGUCGUCGCUGCUCUGUGAGAAAUUCUGGGCCGAGGUUGUGAACAAGCAUGGAACCACUGCGUUCUUGAUGCCCCGGCUUAUAAUCAUUCCUCAAGUUGCUCCAGGGAUUUCAGGGUAUGCAGACGCCCGCGUAAUGGAGACACCAGAAAUCCACGUUCCCGAAUCUACCGAGUCGUUGAAGCAGGUAGCCCGCCAAUUUGUAGAAAGAAGUCAACUAUGGCAAUCAAUGAGGCAGCCGUGGUACCAGAGGGAAUAUAAAAAUUGGAAGCAACUCCCAUGGUCGAAUAUGUGGACCAGGAACUGUAUAGAUCAAUUCUCUUACUUUCACGCUCAACGGGACCUAUACAAUUGCCGAGAAGUGGCAUACCGGAUGUGGGGACAUGUAGACGCCUUUGACAACCGGCCGGGCGAACCCCGAGACCCGGUAAUGGUGCUCCAGAGGUCUAUAUUCGAACUUAUGAUGAUUUCCAUGCCUAUUACACCAGAUUUCGGGCAUCAGGAGUACGUAUCAAAAAUGACGAGAUAUUAUUCCCACUGGCCGAGCCUUGAGGCGAGAGCACCGUUUAACGCGCGUCGCGGCAUCGAUCCCAAUGAGGAUAGAGCCCUUGGCCCAUCAAAUAGUGGGGAGGAUCAUGAUUUAUAUCGAUCCCUCCCAUACCCUUUUAAAAACUAUGGUGACUACUUAGACACUACCCGGGAGGCCCUCAUAUGCCACGAAUUCGAAACUGGCGGUCCACGUACUUGGUUGGAGCCUGUGAUACACUGUCUCGUUGAGCUAACGAGGGAGCGAGAGCAAGAUAUGAGGCUGAAUACUUGGGCUAGCUUCACGUUCACAGUUCCACCCUACGAACCGGGCUGGGUUUUCGCCGGAGAAAAGGAGCAGAGCCUUUCCGUAAACGGACACGCGAGAUAUCAGGCUAUCGUCCCUUGGCAAGAAGGACUACCCUACUGGCCGGAUGACCCUGAAUCAGCAGGGGAUGUCGGUCAACUCGCCAAGGACCUCAAGAUGGUAGAUAUCAGCGAUGAGGAGGAACCCCAUACUACAUAUUAUCAUAUUGGCACCGUGGCAAAUCACAGGAGCCUUCAUGACGCAUGGAUAGUACAGCAGGACAAUGAAAAUGGCAUAGGGUUCGACGUUUUUGAUAUCACAGACGUGUUACAAAAGCUUGGGGCUAAGGGAGAACACUAUCGUGAAUGUGUAGAAAUUGGGCCUUACGGUCCAACAUUGCGGGACGGGGCAGCCGCGGCGGGUGUGGUCCGCAGCCACCUACAACUCAACAACAUUCAACCAAUUGGCAAGUUAAUACUACUUCGGCGUGCAGAGGAGGUCGCGGAGUGUAAUGGUAAAGAUGGACGGUUGUCUUGGACCACAUGGGGUACUCGCAUUUAUAAUAUAACAAACUUUACCCCUGAAUCCCCGAAUGAGCGCAAAGCGCUCAGGGAAAGUGCUGGCCGACCGUUAUCCGGACCCCUACAACGGAUGUCGAAUAUGUCCAGACUCUUAGCGCGCCUUGAACCAUUUACCGUCGCGCGUCUCGAAACACCACCUCCACAAGGACGAACGAUGAGGCCAUUCACGCCGCGAAUACUUCGAUGGUACGAUAAUCCCAGCCUUGGGCUCUACAUGGCCGUGGACAACAAAGUUUUCGACGUCUCGAACUACAUGUUAUUUCAUCCGGGUGGCACCCAACUCCUUCGUGGGUGCCUUGGGCGUAACGCUAGCACGGAAUUCGAACAAUAUCACAACUUUGACUUACUCCAAUCUUACGAGCACCUACAAGUGGGUCAUCUCGUCCCAGAAAUUGAGAUGGAGCAGAUGUCGUCGCAUCAUGUCUUAGUCCACCAAUGGAUAUUUGAUAUAUCUAGUCUUCAAAACGAUAACCCUUAUAUCUAUGAUAUCCUUAUUCAAUGUACUGCCAAAGAUACGAAUACAUUUAUAAGAGGUAUAGAUAAACCUAUAGGAGGUACGAAAGCUGCGGGUGAGUAUGCGAAUGCCCUAGGUAUAUUAUAUAACCAGUAUAAGCCCCUUAUUGUUGCAGGGUUGGCUCCGGAUGUACCGCUUAUCCCUCAGGGCGAAUUCAUUAAGCACAAUAACCCCUCGAAGACAGCAGGAGCUUUCAUCCUUAUUGGUGGUGAAUGGGUCUACAAUGUUACACAUAUCAUGCGGCACCCGGGCUACUUUGAACAUAAAAUAGAUCGUUUCUUGGCAGGCAAAGAGCUGAAGGAUCCAGCUAUAGCCAGUUGGCUAGAACAAAACUUCAAAGCUCGUUGCGUAGGAAAACUUAGUCCAGGGCCAGCGUGGACCUUCCCAGACCGAGUUGAUUGAGAAAACGACAAUUCAGAAUGAGAGGGUUUAGGUCUUUCAAGCCGGAAUUAUUAAUGGCAGGGCUUGUGUAUGUCGGGAUGUUGCUAAUUUUAAGACUGGGUUUUGGAUGACAUUACAAGAUACUGGGAUGCGAUUCCAAGCCUCGAAAUUUUUUGAUAGACUACCUA